AUUCUAUUUUGUACUUACUCCAGCUCUGGUGGAUUGCAUAACUUUGGAGGGUUUUCCCGUUUCCUGUAGUUCGUUGGCCGAGCCAUGAGUCACAUGCCUCCUCUAAUGUUUGCUGUGUGAGCUGAGCUCUCUCAUUCUUCAGCCAUUAUGAGUGCAUGCAAGAGAGCUGUUUUCUGCUUUCUCUUCACACUAAGUCUAAGUCAGUGUGUGACGGCAGGGAAGAUCCUUGUCUGGCCUGCAGAUUUUAGCCACUGGCUCAACAUUAAAACCAUCAUAGACGGACUCAUAGCCAAAGGACACAAUGUGACAGUUGUUACCUUCAGUUCUACACCAUUCAUGAAGACAGAUCAGUCUAUGGGAUACAAGCUGGAGAUCAUACAGGUUCCCUACACCAAACAAGAUAUCGCUGACGGCUUGGACAGAGCGUUGAACUACUGGAUGUAUAACUUGACUACUGAUAACCCGAUCCAGGGUUUUUUCAAGCUCAAGGAGAUGACUGAUGUGCUCACAGAGCAGAAUCAAGUAAUGUGCAGGAAGCUUUUUGAACAUGAAGAUCUGCUGGAGAAGUUGAGAAAGGAACAGUUUGAGGUUCUUCUGAUCGACCCUGUUUAUAUGUGUGGGGAUCUGCUAGCACAGAAACUAAAUCUUCCAUUUAUUAUUAGUUUUAGGUGCAGUUUAGCAAGUGUCAUUGAGCGUCUCUGUGGGCAGCUACCAGCACCACCAUCCUAUGUCCCAGCGGUCGGUUUGAGCUACACAGAUCACAUGGAUUUUGUACAGAGACUGAUAAACUUUGUGUUUAUUGUCUCUUUGGAUAUAACUCAUACACUUAUGGUCAAGGCAAAAUGGGACUACAUCUAUACUGAAGUCCUAGGCAAACCUACCUCACUGUGUGAAACUAUGGGCAAAGCUGACAUCUGGUUAAUCCGAACUUAUUGGGACUUUGAAUAUCCACGGCCACUCCUGCCAAACUUUAAAUUUGUGGGUGGAUUACAUUGCAAACCAGCAAAACCUCUACCAAAAGAGAUGGAGGAAUUUGUCCAGAGCUCAGGAGAUGAUGGUAUUGUAGUGUUUUCACUGGGAUCCUUAAUAAAAAACCUCACCAAAGAGAGAGCGAAUACCAUCGCUUCAGCACUUGGCCAGAUUCCCCAAAAGGUCUUGUGGCGAUACGCAGGGGAGAAACCGGAAACCCUUGCUCCUAAUACAAGAAUCUAUGACUGGAUUCCUCAAAAUGAUUUACUAGGACAUCCUAAAACCAAGGCCUUCGUCUCCCAUGGUGGGACUAAUGGAAUAUAUGAAGCUAUUUAUCAUGGAGUUCCAAUGGUGGGCCUGCCGCUGUUUGGUGAUCAACCUGGCAAUUUAAAUCAAAUGAAAACUAAAGGAGCUGCUGUUAUGCUUGACUUCAGAAAAAUAGAGAGCAGGGACUUGACGCAGGCUCUCAAUGACGUCAUAAACAAUCCAUCAUACAAAGAGAGCAUGAUGAGGUUAUCCCGAAUCCAUCAUGAUCAACCAAUGAAGCCGCUAGACCAGGCGGUCUACUGGAUAGAGUUUGUGAUGCGCCAUAAGGGGGCCAAGCACCUCAGGGUCGAAGCCCAUAACCUCACGUGGUAUCAGUACCACUGCUUGGAUGUGGCAGCCUUUUUACUUUUUGUAAUUGCACUGGUUGUGUUCAUCUUUGUAAAAACGUGCAGUUGGCUCUUCCGUAAAUGUUUCAGAAAGACCCCAGGAAAAACCAAGAAGGAGUGAAGCAAGUGUAUGUGAAUGUAUUAAUGAUUAUUGUCAUACUACUGUCAUUUUUUAAUAGAUGCUUUAGGAAUAAAACACCCUGUGUGUAUAGAGUACAG